AAAUUAUUUGUAAAUAAACAAAUGUGUAGGUACCAAAUUUUGCGACAAAAAUUGUAUUGCAUUUUCUUGUUCAAAUCUCUUAUUAAACAAAUGAAUUCUGUUCGUUGUUGAUUUCUAGAUAGUUUCCAGAUUAAACAGUGCUUUCAAGAAUAAGAAAUUCUUUUUCACCCAAGUUUUGUUUCUUUCUUUGAAGAACCCCAGCUACGAAACACCAAAGUAAAGGAAGUAUGUCCAAGUCACCAAGCAAAUCAUUCAGCGAAGAAACCAUAAAUCCUAUGCAUAUUCUUCAGCGAGUCAAUGAGCUUCUGCGGAACAAUGUCUUUAAAGGCACUUUUAGAGAGCGCAGAAAUAUUCCAUUUUUAAAUGGCCCUCGUGAUGUAAUCGUCAUCCAUCAAUCAGAGAAGGAAUUCUUGAAGAAAGCCAGGGUUGCCAUAAGAAUUUUAAAACCAUUAGAAAGGUAUAAGGACUCCUUCAUCGGAAUCACAGAAAAAGAAUGUGAAGGUUCUGGUGAAUCUGAAAUUUUGCUUUGGAUCCCACCUGCACACGAGCAGCCAUUUGGAGAUUAUUUAUUCUUUAUGCCAGGAAUCGUUGCCAACGAGGCGGAAGUUGGUGUUUCUGUGCUUUUUACCAGGAGACUCGAGGCCAAUGAACUUGAAAUUCCUGAUUACAACGAAGACGAACCACUUGCAGAAAUUUUGAAAAAAAGAAUUGCAGUGCUGUCCAGACAUUUCACUGAGUUUCUUCUAGAGGUUUUCACGUAUACAAAUUUUAAAUUAGCAGUGCAGUUCUUGAGUGCUUUAUUGUUGACAAUUUGUGUUACUUUAGGAAAUUUCACCUACUGUUUUGGCGAAUUUCUUCUCAAAUUCAUGCGUGAGGUAUCCAUUUUCACGGAAGCUGCAACUCCUAUCCUCUUUGGAUGCUUGCAUGUCAUUAAUAAUGCUGUGUAUGGUCUUUACACAUUAAUUUUAUGUCUUUUCAAAAGUAACUCGGCCCCAUUCAGAGCUCCGCCGCCUCCAGAUCAAAGUGCAACACUUCGGUGGAAAAAUGAGCGAAUGAAAGCAAUGCAGUAUAGGCGAUGAUGAUUUAACCUCAGGAUAAAGAAGGUUAAUUUGUAUCGUUCUGAUAAAGAUGAGAAAUCUGUGUCUGUUUGUUGGUUUCAAAUCGGGCUCUCCGGUGAUGGCCAUAUGUAGAUGCGGAAUGAUUGUCCUCCGUAAUUAUCUCCAUGAGGUGGUGGUGAACUUCUUGCUGCUUUUCUUGGCUGUGUUAUCCUCGAAAAUAUUUUUCGUAAUCAAAAUUUUCCUCCACCAACCUCGAGAUUGGUGGUAUUUUUUUUCCUGAAAUAUUACCCAGCUCCUUGAAAAUGACUCUUUACACAAGUUACUAGACUCCUGAGUUCAUGCCCUCCGAAUAUCUCUUCUAACUCAAGUCAGCUCCAAAAGAUGUGUUGUAAAAUUUAACCAAGUGAUGGUCAAUGAUGAUUUAGUUAUCAAUUCUCUCGUCACCAGUCUCUUAUCAAUUUCUCAGAACUUUUUUAGGGUUGCACUUUUGAUUCGUUUACAGAACAGAUUAAUGAAGGUUCCACCUACUCAUUUGAAUAAAUUAAAAGUUCCGUUUUUCAAAAAUACAGUUACCAUUUAAAUGUAACAACACUAAAAAAGAAUAAGUUGUAGCUCUCAAGGAAGUUAUAUCAAGAAGCGUAAUGGGGAAAGAGCAUUUUGAAUUGAUAAAAAUGCGCAGUAGAGCAGCAGAACAACCAAGGGUCUAAUCUAGAUAGCAACCUUGAGAAGGUCCUUUGCGUUGUCAAAAGUGAAUUACGCGCCAAUGAAUAAUCCUGCAAGGACCCAGAUCAUUCAUUCCUAAAAACUCAAUUAAAGUAAUCCUUGAAAUUCCAGUUCUAAUCAAGUGGAAAUUUUUUUUUUUUUUUUUUUUUUUUUUUUUUUUUUUUUUUAAGUCACUCUAUUUUGAGAACAUGGCAGUGUGAGCUGGACAAACCUUUAUCAUGCAUACAAGAGAGUAAAUUAAUUUUAAAGUAGUAGAGGGAAUGAUUGAAAAAGGAUACCAAACUGAAGUGCUGGUGAAACUUGUACCUAGGUACAUACAUUGAAUGAAGGGAUUAGCUUGAAGUUUCAUUCUCAAAGAUAAUAUCAGGAACUAUAGAGUAACGAAAGUAAAAAAGUUACACAAGGCUCAUAGAUUGAUAUGGAAAAAGACUUUGAAAUAAAUUCAGACUUAGCUAUAUUACUAAUGUGAUUAACACAAGGCAUUUGACUGCGUGCCAUCCUGUAUUGGUUGAAACUUUUCUUAUCAGAAUGUGAGUUUAACUUUUAUGAUGAUGCCCGCUACUAGAAGUGAAAAUAGACAAAUUGUGAGAAAAAGACUGAAAUCUGAAUUCCCCAAUUACACCGUUGAAAUACAAGAGGGACGACCAUAAUGUGUGGCACACCCAAAAUGAAAAGAAAGGGAGGGGAAGAAAAAACCAAUAUGAACCGGAAAUCAAAUGAAAUGAGAUUUCUCAGAACAAGGUAUUCCAUUGAUAAGAGGAAUAUUGAUGGUGAUAAUCUCAAAAAGAAAGAAAAAGGAAAUUCAAGAUAGGAAAAAAUUUUCAUACUGUUUCCUUCUUAACUCUGUUUGGUUUUAAAAAAAGGAGCUAUAAGUGGUAUAAGUUCCAGGACUGAGUUUGAAUGGGCCGUCUAAUUUCUAAAUAUCAUUUUUAAAGGUCCUUAUGCUUCCAGUAUUAAAAUUUCGCCAAAAUUCUUUACUUCAGAAAGCUAUAUUAAUUGAAGAUACAGUCCAUGGAGGAUUAGUCCAUGCACAUAUUUGUAUUAAAUAAGAAAAUGAAUGGCUGAGUCUCUUGUGCGGUCAUUUUAUUUUGGCUUAUACAUGUAUAUUUUAAAUGGUGCUUUUUAACUAUGAAACAAUUUAUGAUUGACAAUUUAUGUUUGAUUUAUCCUGCAUUUAUGAAGAGGAGGCAAAUUUUUUUUUCCCCACAUAUUUUCCUCAAAAAAUGUUUUCUCAUGAUUCGUAACUUACCUACCAAGUUGCGAAGUCUUACACCACACUUUUUGUCAGAGAACAGUUGAAAAAGUGCUAUGCACGGAAUACUGAUUCGAUUUUAAAAGCUCAUCAUGCUCGAAGGUCAAAAGUCACACCAUAUCAAACUACAUCGAAAUUCAGCCAGUGCUGAAUCCCUUGGUGUUACGUGCAUGGUCUUUUGUUCCGUGCAAUUUUAGAUCUAUUGUUACCCAUCUACUUAUUUGCUUUGCACAAAGCUUUCCUCAAUGUCUAAUCAGACAAAUGUGGGUGUUUGCUUCAGUUAAAUGAUUUGCCUCCCUUAAAGCUGCCUGACAAACGAAAAUAUACAACUGGACGUAUUUAUGCUGAAAGGAACCAUGUGGAAGUGAAAAGAUGGGGUGUACUAGUGGAAGCUGCAUAAGAAACAAUGUAAAAAUGGAUAUUGUUCUUUUUGAGAAAAUGGAAAGGGGGAUUUUCAAUUAAAUUAAAAGGAACUGAGUGCUAAAUCGUGAGCUGUGGGUGUGUGACAAGAGCGUCAUGGAUAGGGCUCAUGAGUUGAAGACUGGUCGCUUGUGUCGCGCCUCGUCCCGCCUGGUCUUCACCGUUGACAUCACUCGCGCUUUCAAAGUCCGAUUCAUUCUUAUGGCCCGAGCACAUCCCAUCUUUCCACUUGCACAUAGUUCCAUCUCACAUGAAUACGUCCAACUGACUAAUACAUGACAUCACCUAGUAUUAACAAAUUUCUUCAAACACAUUUGUCAGGGCAAGCCAACUCAAGACAUCCGUCCAUCCUUGUUUAGUAGGGGACUUUCUUUUUAACCCCUCUCAAUGAUAAAAGUUUUCUACUUGGAAUCUAUUAAUUAUUGUUUGUAUGUGCAUUCUUAUUAUUAUUUAGAUGUUCAAAUUAUUAUUUAUUGUUUAAUAAAAGCAUUUUUAUAACAAAA